GCUUUCCAGCCACACCCUGGGUGUCUGCAUGGCCCGAGCGUCACCCUCAGCCUUCCAGUCCCAAACCUCCAAAUCCCAACUGGUGAACUUCACACACUUGCUCAGUGCACAUCCAGACCUCCCCCCUCUCCGAACUCGACACCCUGCUUGACCCCUAUCCUGCGUUGAUAAAGCAGCUCAUCAUGAUUGUCGAGAGGAAAGUAAGGCUCGUCACCGAGCAGAAUGUCAUCGACAAGCCGUCUCCCGUCGAGGAUUUUCCCAUGCGGAAAUGGUCGAUCAACGUCUACAUUAUCGGCGAGGAUGGUGAGGAGCACCCGGCCGACUGCUUCCUCAAGGUCGUCUACAACCUCCAUCCUUCCUUUGAGAACCCGACCCAAACCUUCAACAAGCCUCCUUUCCGUUGUGAAAACGAGGGAUGGGGUGAAUUCGAUAUGACGAUCGAUUGCUACAUUACCGAAAAGUCGAAGCAGUCCCUCAGCCACGACCUCAACUUCGCUAAGAACCGCUACGAGGCCGAGCAUACCGUUUCCUUCAAGAACCCCUCGCAGGCCCUGCAGCAAAUUUUGCGCGAAACCGGCCCGUUGCCAUCAGACGAUGACCGCCUCAAGAAGAAGGGUGGUGCUGGUAAGAAGGGUGCCCAGAAGUACGACUAUGAAAAGAUUGCCCAGGCGCUUGAGAAGCUGGAUGAGGAUGACCUGCUCCGCGUCAUUCAGAUCAUCAACGAUAACAAGACAGCGGAGACAUACAUCAAGAGUGAUGUCGAUGCGGGAGAGUUUUCCAUUGAUCUGUAUACGAUGUCGGAUCAGAUGACCAAGCUCCUGUGGGACUACUUGGUGAGUCAAAAAUACGUUCGGGUUUAGGUUCCGCAGGCCCUUGGGUUGAAUAUCUUUGAACCACAAGCACUGGCCUUUGCGCGCAACGUCUAUGGGACUGCAUGGGCAUUGGAAGUGGGCUGGGCUGGGAUAUAUAUGACCGGCCGCUGACCUCACAAAAGAGCAAGAAGGGCCUUGUCAGUUAGGUAACCUACCUACCGCUCGCGGAAGAUCACCUAUCUCUGCACCACUCCCGACGCCAGCUUUCCCCGCGACCGAAUCGAGCACGAUCGGGCAGACGAAUCGACAUGAGGGAUUCUCUUGUGAGGUGCGGCGCGGGGCAUGGGGUGUGCUCAAGGCUUUCUGCUUCGCUUUACCAAUGGCAUCUGGCUAGGCGUUACCGGCUUCCUGCUUUUCCUUGGCUUUAGUUACGGAUUUUCUUUUGGUCUGCCCCUCGUCUUUCUGUGGUAUUGUGUGCUUGUGCGUAUUGUGUCUUAUUUUGUGUAUGCUACCUGAAUAAAAAGCACUCGCGGGGAAGGGAAUUGGGACAUCCUGCGUUCAUGUGAUGGGGGAUUGUGCGUCUCUGGGGGAUCGUAGGGCAGUAUGGGCAGGAAUGAAGCUACGAAACGACACUGGACGGGAGUGGCUAGACGGAGAGAGAGAGAGAGGCUAGAGGCUUUCGUUGCGAGGUUACACCGGCUCUGUGCCUCCUCGUUGUAAUCAUAUUGUUCACCGUGCUUGUUUACCAUGUCGACGUGACGUGGGUAUGUGAGAGGAGACUGUGCACAUCCCGAGCAACAAUGUCUGACUAGAGGUGUGUAUGAAUCGCAUCUUUGACAUUUUUGGUAUAACUACUAUCACCCGCACUAUAAAUCGGAGGCUAUCUUGCUAAAUGAGCAUCCGAGUUGAAGAUGGCAAAGUAUGAUAAAAAAGGGUAUAUCUGAGACCAUAUUCUCAUAAGCCGUGCUGAUUUCGAUGGAAAAGGUAAUCCAGGUGCAAUGCAACGGAGAACAGCCUUUGCCUUUAAAUUUCAUGGGUGUUGCUUGCGUAACCGCGUGACCUUGACCACUUUGUCGGGUCGUGUGUAAUUGGUAAGAAAUGAGAAAAUCAAGAAUAUAAUCGCUACAUUAGCCAGCCGGUCCGUUAUCUUUCUUUCGAGGCAGUUUCGUCGCCCGUUUCCCCUCAUUUUGCAGUUUUCCCGCGCCCCGUUGCUCCCAAUUUUGUGUAUAAAUGAUAGUCACACCUUGCGGAUGCCGUUUUAUCUUGUUUUGUCUUCUUUAGAUCCCCACCUUUUUGUUUUUUUGAAAGUGUGCUUUUUUGUUGAAUUCUUCUUCGUUGCGUUUUGCUCCU